AGAAGUUAGAGAAAGAAAGCUUUUCGUGCUGUUUAAAUUUUAGUGCAUAUUUUGUAAAUAUUUUCUUCUUUCUGUUUACCAUAAUUCCUCAAUCUGUAAUUCCCUUAAAAAUUUAAUGGUAGAAUUCGUACCCCCCCACUUGUUCUCUGUUUCUAAUGGAAAAAGGAUGCGGCCGUAAUUCAUUUCCACAGGCAUUCAUUUCAGAUUUUCCAUAACUGUCUUAACUUCAAUUGGCAAUGGCGAUGGUAGAUUCAAGUUUUAUCUUCAUCGGUUUCUCCCCCGUACCUCAUCCCCUUUUGAACAACAAUAAUGGCAGAAAAUUCGGAAUCACGUCGGCAAAACGUACACAAGACUCCGAUUCCGAUUCCGCUUCUUCAACCCAACCAAAUCAAUUCAAAUUUCCAUCUCUGAGAGUAUCAAAUCCACUUCUAGCCCGAUCUGUCGUUUCGGUCCUCGGAUUAGGGUUCGUCGAUGCAGGGUAUAGCGGAGAUUGGUCUAGAAUUGGAGCGAUUACGAAGGAAACUGAAGAUUUGCUUAAGAUUGGAGCUUUGUUGGUUGUUCCGUUUUGUGUAUUUCUCGUAUUUUCUUUCUCAAAAUAUGAUUCGGAUUCUUCGUAAGUGUAUGGAUGAUGGAUUCCCCAAAAUGGUUAGAAAUAAUUUCAAUUUGAAAAUGGUAGCUAAGCCAAAGUUGCUUUUUUUGGUUAGAAGGGAGAUUUUGAAGAACAUGUACAAAAUUCAUUUACUGAUAUGCACAUGGUUCUUGUUGGUUUCCACUCUCA